CGACGUAGUUUCUGUUUUGUAAGAUUACUGACGUGCACUGCAACGAAAACGAAACCCCUUAUUCAAUUUUCUACUACAGUUCUCACAGUUCUUAGCCGUCUCGACCAUCUGCUGCCCGUUCCUCUUCUUCUUCUUCUUCUCUCCCACUCGUGUCUUCCAGAUGGCUUUGAGAGGUGUUUGGCAACUUCAAAAGCUGGUUGUGAGCUAUUGUGACUGGGGAGGAAGCAGUAGGGGCAUAAGGCAAUUUAUGGAGUCGCAUCUCCCAGCAUUUAAAGAGGUAAAUCCUCAAUUGGAGGUGAUUACUGAGCUCAAUCGUGGGCAACAUCCAUGCUUGAAGGGCUUUUACAAGAACAAGAACGAGAGGGUAGUAUGCGUGAAGAAUCUGACUCCAGAAGAUGUACUACUACAAGCCACCAGGCUAAGGAAUUCUCUGGGAAGAAAAGUAGUAAAACUAAGGACAAGGCAUGUGACAACACAUCCUAGUGUGCAGGGUACGUGGACGACCGCCGUUAAAUUUUGAGUUACUAAACCAGAGUUGUUCUUGGCUCGGUUGUAGUUUUUGAAGCCUGCAGCAUGAUGUAGCACUAGCUUUAGAAUCAAACAAAAAUGCUUUAUGGAGUUCUCCAUUGAUGCAUCAACUGCUAAACACUACUGAGAUGCUGUGUUUUCUACUUUGGAUCUGUUUCUAAUUGCGUUUGUUUGGCUUUAAAGUAGACCAAGCAUUUUUGGGCAUCAUCUGUAUUCAUGUGAAAAUUUGAUUGAGGUCUCCUAUUUUUCAGCCGAAUCCACUUUUCACAAGCAUUAGGUUUGUGUCUUUCCGAUUAUAUAAAGUAUGAACCAAUGUCGCUAUUAGUGACUUUGCUUUAUUAAAAUUUGUGUAUCAGGUGUUUGAAAUGAUAGAAUUAUACAAUUAGAUGUAUUUGGCUGCAUUUUUUUCUAGAACAUCAAAGUAGAUUUUUUUUUUACCCGAA